CCUAAUGUAUUGGAAAAUUUGAGGCGCUGCCAAUCUAGAUUAAAAUAGAAACUCAGUCUGCUGAGAAUUUUCAUAAGAGCUAAAACAAAUUUGAACCGAACUCACCUCAAAGAUGUCUAGCCUGAGGAAAAUCAAAGACGAGGAUCGCGAAUCCGAAUACGGUCGCGUGUACGCUGUCUCUGGUCCGGUCGUUACGGCCGAAUGCAUGUCCGGCUCUGCUAUGUACGAGCUGGUGCGUGUGGGCUACUAUGAGCUGGUGGGCGAGAUCAUUCGUCUGGAGGGCGACAUGGCCACCAUUCAGGUGUACGAAGAAACCUCCGGCGUCACAGUCGGUGAUCCCGUGCUGCGCACUGGCAAACCCCUGUCCGUCGAGCUGGGUCCCGGCAUUAUGGGCAGCAUUUUUGACGGCAUCCAGCGCCCGCUGAGGGACAUUGGCAUCAUGACCAACUCCAUUUAUAUACCCAAGGGUGUUAACACGCCCGCCCUUUCACGCUCCGUCAUGUGGGAGUUCAAUCCCUUGCACGUGCGCGUUGGCUCUCAUAUCACAGGCGGAGAUCUCUACGGCGUAGUGCAUGAGAACACGUUGGUCAAGCAGCGUAUGCUUGUGGCGCCGCGUGCCAAGGGCACAGUUCGGUAUAUUGCGCCCGCGGGCAACUACAAUCUGGAAGACGUUGUGCUGGAGACGGAGUUCGAUGGCGAGAUUACAAAACAUACAAUGCUGCAGGUGUGGCCCGUGCGUCAGCCGCGUCCCUGCACAGAAAAGCUGCCGGCGAAUCAUCCACUCUUUACGGGCCAGCGUGUGUUAGAUUCCCUGUUUCCCUGUGUUCAGGGCGGCACCACGGCCAUUCCCGGUGCCUUUGGUUGCGGCAAGACUGUCAUCUCGCAGGCUUUGUCCAAGUACUCCAACUCGGAUGUCAUCAUCUACGUAGGCUGCGGCGAGCGUGGCAAUGAGAUGUCUGAAGUCUUGCGUGAUUUUCCGGAACUUACUUGCGAAGUCGACGGCGUCACGGAGUCCAUAAUGAAACGUACUGCAUUGGUGGCCAACACUUCCAACAUGCCCGUGGCUGCUCGAGAGGCUUCCAUCUAUACUGGCAUCACGUUGUCGGAAUAUUUCCGCGAUAUGGGCUAUAAUGUGGCCAUGAUGGCAGACUCCACAUCGCGUUGGGCGGAGGCUUUGCGUGAGAUUUCUGGUCGUCUAGCUGAGAUGCCUGCUGACUCUGGCUAUCCGGCGUAUUUGGGUGCACGUCUGGCCACCUUCUACGAACGCGCUGGCCGCGUCAAGUGCUUGGGCAAUCCCGAGCGCGAGGGCUCAGUGUCCAUUGUGGGCGCUGUCUCGCCACCUGGUGGCGAUUUCUCCGAUCCCGUUACCUCGGCCACUCUGGGCAUCGUGCAGGUGUUCUGGGGUCUGGACAAGAAGCUGGCUCAGCGUAAACAUUUCCCUUCCAUUAACUGGCUUAUCUCCUAUUCCAAGUAUACGCGCGCUCUGGACGAGUACUACGACAAGAACUUCCCCGAAUUUGUGCCACUACGUACCAAGGUUAAGGAAAUCUUGCAGGAGGAAGAGGAUCUCUCCGAAAUCGUGCAACUGGUCGGCAAGGCGUCGCUGGCCGAGACCGAUAAGGUUACCCUGGAGGUGGCCAAACUGCUGAAGGACGACUUUUUGCAGCAGAACUCCUACUCCUCAUACGAUCGAGUGUGUCCAUUCUAUAAAACGGUGGGCAUGCUAAGAAAUAUACUAGCUUUCUAUGAGACGGCGCGUCAUGCUGUUGAGUCCACCGCCCAGUCGGACAAUAAGAUUACAUGGAACACCAUCAGGGAAUCAAUGGGCGGCAUUAUGUAUCAGUUAUCUUCAAUGAAAUUUAAAGAUCCCUUGAAAGAUGGCGAGCAAAAGAUUAAGGCGGACUACGAUCAGUUGUACGAGGAUCUACAGCAGGCUUUCCGAAAUUUGGAGGACUAAACGCCCAUAACUUCAGCUUGAACAUAAACAAGGCAAACCAAUACCAAAAAGGAAAAAUACCAAAAAAAAAAAAAAAAAGAAAAAUUUACCAAACGAAAUAAGCAACCAAUGUUAGGUUAUUAUUCGAAUUCCCCCAUCAAGCUAGUCAUAUAUACAUAAUGCGUAAUAAGAUAUUUGAAAUCAAUUUAAUUUUUAAGUUAAACAGUUUAGAACGGUUGCGUCAGGUAGGACUAGAAAGCGUUUCACUCGAGGAACACGAAAGAAACAAUGAACAAUGUACACGACGAAGAUGACAAAGAUUUAGGAAAGACGAACAAUAAUUAGCCGAUAGCGCAAAAUAAAAACAAAAAAGAACGGAUGUUGUCCACUUAGAACCAGCCAUAUAAAUAACACAUACAUAUAUAUAUAAAUUAUCUAUGUUGAUAUAUGUAUACCUACAUAAUUAUAAUUCACAGCUAUUUAUUGUUAGUAAAAAAAAAAAAACAAAUUCGUAAAGUUAUCUAACUGUGUUCUCUACGUAACUGUAACUACAAACUACUAAAAAUUUACUUAAUGUUUUUUGCCAUUGCGUGUUGCAAGAAGUUUAAUAUAAUACGAAAUUAUAAUACUAUAUCUAUAUUAUA